AUGGUUUGUUCCAACUGGUAUUAUGUUUCGAAACAAACAGUUCCCCGGGAAAGCGGAUCUCCAUGGCUAAUGUUUUUUCCUGACGACGGUACUGAUUGCGUGUUGCACAACCCAUACGAAGAAGUUAUGGUUUACAGGAGAGCAGCUGGGAGAAACUGUACUUCAGGGAGUCAAUUACUGGCAAGCUGCGGUAAAUGGUUCCUGAUGCUAGAUUCUCGAUCCAGAUUAUAUAUUAUAGAUGUGUUUAGUACUGGGAAUAGGAUUGAUCUUCCUCCAUUAGAGUCGCUCCUAUCAAACGACUCUGCUUCGAAGCGUAAGGAAGAUAGAGAUAGGGAGUUUGAAUGGGAAUUAACUAGUGGCUCUGUUUACUCAUUAUACUCAUUAUAUGAUGAUGAAAUUAGGGGACGUAUGUGGGUAGACGAGAAGACGCAAGAGUUGGCUUUAGUGUGGUUCUUUGACGCCCCUGCUUGUUUUUUAGGAUUUUACAAGAAAGGGAAUGCUCAUUACGAUCUCAUUCGGAUUACCUAUGGUAUCCCCAAGAUGUUAACUGGCCUACUACGUCUGCUUCUUCGCGGUUACCGUCUAUACAUUUUAACGAUGCAUCGUUUCGUUCGAGUCAUAGAUUUUUCUAGGCAGCAAGGUUUCGAAGAACUCACAAGGAGUGACACUUACCCAUCCCCAACGUUUGCUCGUCUUGGAUAUAAUUGUUAUUUUAGCAUCGCUGUUACUACAACAGGAGAGGUUUUGUUGGUCACAAGCACAAUCUCUGAAAGUAGCGAAAGGGCCUUCCGCAUCUACAAGAUGGAUCCUAAUGCUGACCCAGACGACCACAUGCCCGAUCUUCUUGGCGUAGAUUCUCUUGGUGAUGAGGCCCUGCUUCUCGACUUGGGUAUCACUAUGCCUGCUAACAAUACCCUUGGUAUCAAACAAAACUCCAUCUAUUUCACUCAUCAUAACCUUAUCCUUUCCAAGAACAACUGGAAGAAAGUCGCCCAUGUCCUUCCCCCUAAUGAGGUGGACAUCUGUGUGUUCAAUCUUUCAACCAAGACCCUCGAGCCCUUCCCUGGUCCCUCCAACAUGAGUCUCAAGGAUGCUCGAUGGAUUUUCUCUAUCUAA